AUGCUCUACUAUAGUGGCGUGACUCAGCGAGUAGGCGAUGUGGAUUCUGGCAAUACCGUGACCGAUUUCCUUGAGCUUGAGCGGGAACGUGGAAUCACCAUCCAGUCAGCGGCAAUAACUUUUCCCUGGCCACUGCAACAGGAUUGCCCUCCUGGAACAGCCCCAAAAACCAUCAAUCUCAUUGAUACUCCUGGUCACCAGGAUUUCAGAUUUGAGGUUGAUCGAUGUUUACCAAUCCUUGAUGGAGCCGUCUGUAUCAUCGAUUCUGUCAAGGGCGUAGAAGCUCACACAGAACGAGUUUGGGCCUCUGCUCAGGAGUUCAAGAUUCCGCGGAUUGUUUAUUGCAACAAGUUGGACCGUGAGGGUGCCUCUUUCAGAAAAUCCGUCUUGGAAGUUGGCUCUCGACUCAAAGGAUGGCCAUUGGUCUGUCAAAUUCCCUGGUGGGAGAAAGAAGACUUUGUCGGUGUAAUAGAUGUCAUCGACGGUGUAGGGUAUCGGUGGAAGACCGAAAGACAAAAGAUUCGAUAUGAACCCGCCGAGCUCAAAGAGAUGCUGUCAACUUCAAACCAGCCGCUAUUAGCGGAGAUUCAAGUAGCACGCCAGCGUCUGAUUGAAGGUCUAGCGGAUUUUGACGAGGCCGUGAUGGAUGAAUUCUUGGCUGAAAACGAAAAUAUCCCUGCUUCAUUAAUAAAGCAGGCUAUAAGAAGAAGCAUUCAAAGCGGCGAUGGCCGCGUCAUACCUGUGUUCGCAGGCUCGAGCUUUCGUCAUAUUGGAGUUGAGCCGCUCAUGGAUGCCAUCGCAGACUAUCUCCCCAACCCAGCGGAACGGCCAGACGCGGAGGUUAGGGUCGGGAAUACGAAGAGCGAACUUCACGAAGCACUGAAAGGAAAAGGUAAAAAGACAGUCGAUACGAACGUUAGCUCAGUGGCAUCUGUCUUCAAAGUAUUUGACCACCCAAAGGAAGGCGUCAUCAGUUUUGUGAGAGUUUAUCAUGGAACUCUGACCCGCAAUGCUCCAAGCUUCAACACACAUAUGCUUAUACAGGAACGACCGAUGGGCAUCCUGCAAAUAUCUGCGUCCAAGACAGACGACAUUCAAGAACUUUCUGUUGGACAAAUCGGAGCCCUGAGAGGACUCAAGAAAGCCCGCACUGGAGAUACUUUGAUUACCAUGGCGAGUGGCAAAACUGUUCCAGAACAUUUACGACAUAUUCAAAUCAGACCUCCAGAGAUUCCACCACCGGUUGCCUUUCUGCAAGUUGACCCGUAUGGGAAUGUUGCAGCACAACAAUUAGAGGUCGCUCUGGAGAGUGCGUCUCGGGAAGACCCAAGCCUUCGGUGGAGUAGGAAUCCAAAGACUGACCAAUUUACCAUCCAGGGUAUGGGUAAGCUUCAUCUGGAUGUAUCACUCUACAACAUGAGACAAAAGCACAAGAUCGAUGCCGAGUUUGGCCCUAUCGAGGUCGACUACAAGGAAUGCGUUACCACUAUGACUUCUCCUCAGCAUGCAGUUUUUGACCGUCCGGUAGCGGGCAAAUCAGGCAAGGUUACCUGCACAGCUACUCUCAGACCUAUAGAAACUGGGGAGCAGGAAGAUUUGAUGGAGACCGGCCUUGAAAAGGACGGCAACAUUGUCCAGAUACACAUUCCCAUGGAGGGCGAAGCCACUGCCGUACUUGUUGAUGAGGAUGAGGCACGCCAACAGCUUUUCAACGGAGCUAUAGCUGGCUUGGCCAGAGGGCCUCGCCGUGCGUCGCCGAUACAUGGCUGUCAUGUUCACAUCACUCUUGAUACAUCUCGUGAUGCGCUAGAAUCGCCAACUGGAGGCCAUUUCAGUGGUGCGGCUAAAAUUGCCGUACAAGCAGCUCUUAGAGAUGCGUUCGACAAGAGCCAGAUUGGCAUUUUAGAGCCCAUCAUGUUGACGCACAUUACAUGCCCUGAAGCGGCCGCUGGAACGGUCCAGCAUGACAUAACAGCGGGUGCGGGCGGCCAUGUCCUCGAAGUCAAUGAUCGUUCUGCAGAGUCUUCUAGCGAGGAACUGAUUGAUGUCUCUAAGAUCUACGCGCCACCUGACCCCUACGACUCGAUCACUUCGCUGAGAGGCAAAAAGUCCACUGCUCGGAUGGUUGAAAUCAUAGCAAAAGUGCCCUACAAGGAGAUGCUGAAUUAUGACGAGCAUCUGCGAAGCAAAACCGCAGGCCGGCAUUCUAUGACCAUGUCAUUUGAUUCUUUCGCAAGAGUAGUUGGCCAUCGAGAAAAGGAUAUCUGA